AUGGCUUCGGAUCCCGAUGAUGGAGGCGAGAUGCCCCCCGCAGAAGCUACAUCACCGGCGGAGGCAGUGUCGGAUCCAUCGGCAGAGGCAGAGGCAGAGGUGACUGCGCCAGAGGACGAGCCGGUGAAGGCGAGCGGAGGUAGCGUCGUGCCAGCGGCGGGCGCUGAGUCGUCUCACCCCGAGGGACUCUCCCUUAAUUAUGAGGAAGCAAGAGCUCUCCUCGGAAGAUUGGAAUUUCAGAAAGGAAAUGUGGAAGUUGCCCUUCGUGUAUUUGACGGAAUUGACCUUCAAGCUGCAAUUCAGCAGUUCCAGCCAUCCCUCUCUGAUAAGACUCCAUCGAAGAAAGGGCGGACAAAAUCAGAGUUACCAAGUUCUGUCUCGCAAAAUAAUCCUGCUAGCCUUGUUCUUGAAGCCAUUUACUUGAAAUCACUGUCCCUUCAAAAGCUAGGGAAAUCGACAGAAGCUGCUAACCAGUGCAAAAGUGUACUUGAUUCUGUUGAAAGUAUUUUCCAGAAUGGUACUCCUGAUAUCGAGCAAAAGUUACAGGAAACUGUCAAUAAAUCCGUAGAACUUCUUCCUGAAGCCUGGAAACAUGCUGGCUCCUACCAGGAAGCAUUAGCUUCUUACCGACGGGCUCUUCUUAGUCCAUGGAAUCUUGAUGAUGAAUGUCGGACUAGGAUUCAAAAGAGAUAUGCAUCUUUUCUGUUGUACAGCAAUAUAGAUUGGAGCCCUCCCAGCAUGGCUCAACAAGUUGAAGGUUGUUUUGUUCCAAAGAAUAAUGUGGAAGAGGCUCUUCUACUUUUGAUGAUAGUACUUAGGAAUUGGUACCAGGGCAAGACCCAUUGGGAUCCUUCAGUGAUGGAACAUUUAACCUAUGCCUUGUCUCUUUGUGGUGAACCACUGGUUCUUGCAAAACAACUUGAAGAGGUUUUACCUGGAAUAUAUCCUCGCACCGAGAGAUGGGCCACACUAGCACUUUGCUACUAUGUAGCUGGUCAGAAAGAUAUAGCGCUGAAUUUUCUGAGGAAAUCUUUAAACAAGCUUGAGAAUCCAAAUGACAUCCUUGCCUUAUUAUUAGCUGCUAAGAUAUGCAGUAAGGACCACCAUAUUUCUUCUGAGGGUGUUGAAUAUGCAAGAAGAGUAAUCGCACUUGCUGAAUCAUCGGAUUCUCAUCUGAAGAGUGUCGGCCUCCAUUUCUUAGGGACUUGUCUAGGUAAUAAGUCCAAGGUUGUUUCAUCAGACUACCAAAGAUCUCUAUUGCAGACAGAAACCUUGAAGUCACUUACAGAGUCGAUUAGUCUUAACCGCUACAACGCAGACCUAAUAUUUGACAUGGGAGUUGAAUAUGCUGAGCAAAGGAACAUGAAUGCUGCCCUGAGAUGCGCCAAGGAGUUUAUAGAAGCAACUGGUGGGUCAGUUUCGAAAGGCUGGAGGCUGCUAGCAUUGGUUCUUUCUGCACAACAGAGAUUUUUGGAAGCAGAAGUCGCAACAGACGCUGCCUUAGAUGAGACUGCAAAGUUGGAUCAAGGAUCUUUACUUAGGGUAAAGGCAAAGUUGAAGGUUGCUCAGUCAUCGCCUAUGGAAGCAGUUGAAGCAUACCGUGCUCUUCUGGCUCUCGUUCAGGCCCAAAAGAAUUCCUCUGCAUCUUGCAAGAACGCUAUAGAGAAGGCUAAAGCCCUGAAGUCGUACUCAGCUGCAACACUCCAUGCAGAAGGCUACAUGCAUCAGGCGCGAGACCAAACAAAAGAUGCGCUAGCCGCCUACGUCAAUGCAUUCUCGACUGAGCUUGAACAUGUGCCGUCGAAGGUGGCCAUCGGCGCAAUGCUCUCCAAGCAAGGGCCGAGGUUUUUACCUGCAGCGAGGUGCUUCCUCUCGGACGCCCUAAGAGUCGAGCCUACAAAUCGGAUGGCUUGGCUUUACUUAGGAAAAGUGCACAGAUCUGAUGGGAGAAUCUCUGAUGCUGCCGACUGUUUCCAAGCAGCGGUGAUGCUAGAGGAAUCGGAUCCAGUGGAGAGUUUCAGUUCACUCUCAUGA